UAAGUUGGAAUGUAAUUUACAAAAUUUGAAACCCUAGCAGCGCCAUUUUCCCAAUUCCGUUCACGCUGUUCUUCUCCAAAACCCCUAAACCCAUUUCUGACGAUACGAUCCGACAGAAAUUCCAAAUUUCCCGACAAUGUUUUCGCCCCCCUCCAGGAAAUCCACCUUCACUGCCCGUAAAAAUGCCGCAGACCAGAUGGACGAGAGCUUCAUUUCCAGUCCUACCGUCCCCAAUCGGCCGGCCACAGGCACCCCAGCCCCCUGGACCUCUCGCCUUUCCGUUCUCUCCAGGAUCCCACAGGCAAAGAGAACUGAAAUAGAAGAUGGGGUAGAUGCUGUUCAACCUGUAUAUGUUGGCGAGUUCCCUCAAGUUGUGCGUGAUGCACAAAUUAUGGCAGUGCAGAAUUGUGUUCCUGCGGAUUCAUCUGUCUCUGGGGGAAUGGACAAGGAAACAUCUCUUGCAUGGAUUAUAUGUGGAAACAGACUCUUUGUCUGGAAUUUCUUGUCAGCUGCUGCUUCAAAAAAAUGUGUUGCCCUUGACAUUUCUUCCUUUAUGUCAGAAAACGGAGACACGGUUCAUGCCAAUAAUUGGUUAGUCUGUGUUGUUGAUUGGGCUAGUUCCACAAAAGCUAGUAGAAAAGUUGUUCAACCAGGCAGUUCUACUGGGAUUGUUAUGUAUAAAAAAAAUACUCGCACUCUAAUUUUCUGGCCAGAUAUUGGUAAUGCUGGCAAAAUCUCCCCAGUCUCUGUUAAUUUUUCUGAAUUAGAGGCAACUUACUUGCAUCAAAAUGCAAAGGCCCCCAUGGCCAAUGAAGAUAUUGGUAUGGCUAAAUCAUGUUCUAUAACCUCUUUGAUUGCUACAGCAAUUCCUGCCACCAACAAUAGCUGUAUUGUUCUUGCAUGCAGUGCUAAUGGUGUUCUUUGGAGAUUCAUGUGCAGCCCUUCUGGUAUCCAAGGAGAUGGAAAUUACCCUCUUAACAAAAAUGGAGAUCCAAGAUUGUUGAUAUGGCACACUCAUAGACAUUCAUUGGAUGACUCUACAAAACAGUUUCUCCUUUUAACUGAUCAAGGGAUACAGUGCUUUGCAGUAAAACUUGGUUUUGAAUUUGACGUGACAAAGAUUUGGUGUCAUAAGAUUAUUAGCUCUGAUGGUGAUUUGGGUAUCCAGAAGGAUCUUGCUGGACAAAAGAAAAUUUGGCCUCUUGAUCUAGAUGUCGAUGUCGAUGGGAAAGUAUUAACUAUUCUUAUUGCUAUCUUUUGCAAGGAUCGGAUCACCAGUUCAAGUUACACUGAGUACUCUCUCCUGACCAUGCAAUAUAAAUCUGGAGUGGAUGUAGCGAAGUCAAAGGGGGAAAACAUAUUGGAGAAAAAAGCGCCUAUCCAAGUUAUCAUUCCUAAAGCAAGAGUUGAGGAUGAGGAGUUUUUGUUCUCCAUGAGAUUAAAGGUUGGGGGGAAGCCAGCUGGUUCUGCUAUUAUACUCUCUGGUGAUGGUACUGCAACAGUCUCCCAUUAUUGGAGAAACUCCACCAAGCUCUAUCAGUUUGAUCUGCCUCAUGAUGCUGGAAAAGUUCUGGAUGCUUCAGUAUUACCUUCGAUGGAUGACAGUGGUGAUGGAGCGUGGAUUGUACUCACUGAGAAAGCUGGAGUUUGGGCCAUACCUGAGAGGGCUGUUUUACUUGGUGGAGUUGAACCUCCUGAACGGAGCUUAUCGCGUAAAGGGAGUUCGAAUGAUGGAUCCUUGCAGGAGGAGAAACGGAACUUCUCAGUUGCUGGAAAUAUUGCUAUGAGGAGAGCCACUUCAGAAGCUUGGGAUGUGGGCGAUAAGCCAAGAGCAGGCUUCACUGGAGUGACUCGUCGAGGUGCUCAAGAUGAAGAGUCGGAAGCUUUACUAAGUCAGCUAUUUCAUGAUUUCCUCUUGUCUGGGAAGGUUGAAGGUGUGCUUGAAAAAUUAAAAAAUUCAAGGGCAUUUGAAAGAGAAGGGGAAAUCAAUGUAUUUUCCAGGACAAGCAAAUCAAUCAUUGAUACUUUAGCCAAACAUUGGACAGCAACAAGAGGUCCUGAGAUUGUUUUCUCUGUUGUGUCCACGCAACUUGUUGAGAAGCAGCAGAAGCAUCAAAAGUAUCUGGAGUUCCUUGCAUUGUCUAAGUGCCAUGAAGAAUUGUGUUCCCAACAAAGACAAUCUUUGCAAAUUAUCAUGGAACACGGAGAAAAACUUGCGGGCAUGAUGCAAUUAAGAGAGCUGCAAAGCAUGGCUCACACAAGUACAGCUGGACUUGGUUACUACCAUGAUUCAGAUAGUCGGGCUUCUGGAGCUCUCUGGGACCUUAUCCAGCUAGUUGGUGAGAAAGCCCGCCGGAACACCGUUCUUCUUAUGGAUAGGGAUAAUGCUGAAGUAUUCUAUAGUCGAGUUUCGGAUCUUGAGGAACUGUUUCAUUGUUUAGACAGACAACUGGAAUAUGUUAUUAGUGGAGAGAUGCCUAUUCUCGUCCAGUUUCAAAGAGCUUCCGAACUUUCAAAUGUUUGUGUUAUUAUUUUUCGUUCGGCUAUGCAAUAUAGGAGUGGACAUCAGUUGUGGUAUCCUCCGCCUGAGGGCUUGACUCCUUGGUAUUCCAAAUCUAUUGUGUGGAAUGGAUUGUGGAGUCUUGCUGCAUUCAUGCUUGAGUUGCUCAAGGAAACAAAUCGCCUUGAUGAUUCAGCAAGAUUUGAUUUCUACUUAAAUCUUCAAGUGCUCUGUGAAGUAUUACUUGAGUCAUAUUCGAAUGCCAUUUCUGGAAAGGUCGAACGGAAGGAAGAACAUAGGACUCUAUUGGAUGAAUAUUGGAAAAGGAGAGAUACCCUUCUUGAUUCUCUUUUUCAGCAAGCGAGAAAAUUUGGCACAGCUAAACUACAGGAUUUAACUAAAGAAAACAAAGAUCAAGAUAAGGAUCUUCUGAUGACAUUCUCUUCAAAGCUAUUGUCUAUUGCAAGAAGACAUGAAGGCUAUCAAACUAUGUGGGGUAUAUGCAGUGAUCUCAAUGACUCAGAACUUCUUCGCAGCCUCAUGCAUGAAAGCAUGGGGCCUAAAGGAGGCUUUAGUUGUUUUGUCUUCAAACAACUCUAUGAAACCAAACAGUUCUCCAAGCUUAUGAGACUUGGUGAAGAGUUUCAGGAUGAACUAGCUGCCUUUCUGACGCAGCAUCCUGAUCUUCUCUGGCUUCAUGAAGUUUUCCUUCAUCGGUUUUCCACGGCUGCUGAAACUCUACAUUCAUUGUCUCUUUCCAAGGAUGGUAGGUCUAUUUCCUCAAACGAGAUUGAAUCCAAUGGCUCAAGAACUACAUUAACAUUGGCCAGAAGAAAGCAUUUUCUGAAUCUCGCAAAAAUAUCAACAAUGGCAGGAAAAGACAUCAGCUAUGAGCUAAAGAUGAAGCGGAUUGAGGCUGAUCUAAACAUUCUAAAGCUGCAGGAAGAAAUAAUGACGCUUAUCCCCGAUGGAGAAGAAAAACAGUCAAUCCAACAUAAGCUUCUCCCAGUAAUAGACCUCAUUGAACUGUGUCUCAAGCUUCAAACGCGGGAGCUCUCAUUACGAGCCUUUGACCUCUUCUCGGGCACAGGCGCCUCAUUCAUUAGAAGCAACAUCAGCCUACUGGAAGAAUGCUGGAGGAAUGCUGCGAAUCAAGACGACUGGGAAGAGCUGCACCAAACAUCACUUGCCGAGGGAUGGAGUGAUGAGAUGAUGUUUGAGGUCCUCAAGGACACCGUCCUCUUCCGGUCUUCCAACAAAUGUUAUGGACCUGAUGCCAAAACUUUUGAAGGUAGAUUUGAUGAAGUGCUGCCACUGAGACUUUGCGAACAUGAACAUGAACAUGAUCCAAAUUUGAAGGACGCAAAUACAGGUUCUUCGGUGGAAGGUGUCCUGAUGCAGCACAAGGACUUCCCCGAUGCGGGCAAGUUGAUGCUAACAGCGAUUGUGCUCGGGACUGGAGCAACUCCCAUGGACGACUGAAAAGAGAGUCUUAUGAAUGAGAGUGGAUGUGUUUUUGAAGUAUAUAUAUUUGUUGAUUUAGAGAGAAAAUGGAGGAGCAUAUUUCUGUAAUGCAUACAUGCAUAUUCCUAAAUGCAUCUUCAAAAAUGCUAUGAGAAACAUUAAAAGCA